GUCGGUGCGCAAGUGAUGCUCAUCAAGAACAUGGUGCAAGGUGAACUGGUGAACGGUUCGGUCGGCCGCGUGAUACAGUUCUCCACACCGCGAGAGGCUUUAGAAGCGGGCACCCAGCUCGCUCAACCGAAGUCGGGUCACGAAUCUGCCGCCGAAAGGAACACCGAGAAGGUACCCGACGAGAUUAUGAAUGGCAAGAACGUAUGGCCGGUCGUGCGAUUCACGAAUGGCAUGACGUUACUCUGUAUUCCUAACGCGUUUGACGUGAACGAUGCCAGUGGGAGAGUCCAGGCCGUCCGUAAUCAGGUCAGAUACCUAUCACUGCCUGAACUAUACAAAUGCUCAUUUGUCUACGAAUAUCCAGGUUCCUCUGAUCCUUGCAUGGGCGUUGAGUAUACACAAAUCACAAGGCCAGACCCUGGAAAGAGUGCGCGUAAACCUGUCGCGUAUCUUUGA